GCGCUCUGGGCUCGCAGCCGCGCUCGCCCGGGUGGUGUUCCUGCGGUGGCCGCGGUGCCAUGGUGCCGCCGCCGCUGUCGCUGCCUCUCUGCACGCUGCCGCCAGGCCCUGGGCCCCCGCGCUUCGUGUGCUAUUGCGAGGGGGAGGGAAGCGAGGACGGAGGCUGCGGCGGCUUCAACCUCUAUGUGACGGACGCCGCGGAGCUUUGGAGCACCUGCUUCACGGCGGACAGCCUGGCUGCUUUCAAAGCCCGUUUCGGCCUGAGUGCGGCUGAGGAUAUCACCCCCCGGUUCAGGGCAGCCUGCGAGCAGCAAGCUGUGACCUUCGCCCUGCAGGAGGACAGAGCAUCCCUCACCCUGUCUGGGGGCCCCGCGGCCCUGGACUUGGAGCUCUCCAAGGUGCCGGCCCCGGAGGCAGCCUCCAGGUUGCAGGCCCUGACACUGAGCCUGGCAGAGCAAGUGUGCACCUUGAGGAGGCAGCUGGCAGUGGUGCAGGUGACAGCCGCCAGCCCCAAGAAGAGCCCUUGUCUGGCAGGGCCUCAGCUCUUCCUACCAGACCCGGACCCUCAGAGAAGUGGCCCUGGACUUGGGGUCAGGAGGCGGUGUCCAGGAGAGUCCCUCAUCAACCCUGGCUUCAAGAGUAAGAAACCAGCCAGUGGUGUGGACUUUGAAAGCCCCUGAAGACGAAGGACAAAGUGUGGCCCUGCCAAGAGUCUGCCCAUGAGGUGGGGACAGCCCCUGAGACCCCACAGCCUCCACCUGCCCAUCCUGCCGCCAGACAGGAACCAGCCUGCUCCGCAGACCCCUUCCCCUUGAAAUAAAUGCUUCCUCUGCUGGAGGAGACGGCCA